AUGUCGAAACCUCUCAACUACGAUAUGUGGCCACCAGUGAUGCAGUACAUGGAUUUAGGCAACAGAACUCUGCUCUCUUUAAAAUAUCCCAAAAUCCGCCUAACCGACAAAAGAUGUCCAGCCAGAGUCGAAAGAAUUCAUGUCACUGAAAUGGGUGUCAAAGUGAACGAUACGAAAUUCAUUGUCAAGAAAUAUGAAUCAGGAGAAUACAUGGAAACUUCUGGAUCCGAUUCUGAUCCUUCCAGAACCAUCAUUCUCAAAACCGAGGUCCCCGUGUCUCAAGCUAAACAACAACUAUUUUUGGCAUUUUUCCAUAGAAAAUUGGAUAUCAAUACUCUUAUCUUAGAUCGAGAAUUCAGAAGAGAAGAUGUUUCAUGGCCGAGUGAUUUGAAGAUUAAAAUUCGAAAUCUUUGGGUGUCCCCUUAUCAAUCUCAUUUUGAAACAUAUGCCAAUACAGUACUAGAGACUAGAGAUUUCUUAAAUGAAAUCAAUGGAAUUCUGAGUCAUCCAUUGGAAUCUAUGGAUCUUGGAACAUGUGUUCUGAUGAGUCAUUCUGUCACAAAUUCUGCUAAAACCUUGCUCGUCCAUAAAUAUGCUCAUGGAAUCGAGGAAUGCGGAUCCCAUCGAAUUCAUGUUCAAAAUACCAGAACUCAUUUUCUGGAACCCGUGAGAAUUGUGGAAAAAUGGCAAUUGACGAAACCAGAAGUUGGGCGACAUUUCUCAUUGGCAACUGAUAAUCUUUCAUGGGCACAGUGGGUUUUCCGAACGAUUGAAAUGCGUCCAGAUGCUCAUGUUACUUUUGCACUAUCCACUGACGUCAUAUCUUAUGGUAUCACUUUUCCGAUUGGCAAUGGAAAAGAGAUCAAUGUAUUCGUGACUAGUUCAAAGAAGGGAUCUGAGUAUGUGCUCAACUUUAAAAUCGAUGGAACUAAUCAAUCUAUGUCCCGACCACUUCUCUAUGACAUCUGGCCAACUGUGAUUGAGCGAAUGGAACUUUCCAAUAGGAUCCUAAUGAUCCAAAAAUGCUCAGCACUCCGCAGAACUGAACAACGAUGCCGGGCUGACGCCAACACCGUUGAAAUUACAGCGAAUAGUGUGAAAAUCAAUAAAACUAGUUUCCAAGUCGAGAAAUAUGAAUCUGGAGAACACAUUGAGGUUUCCAAAGAAAACGGGGGUUCUAAGACUGUUGUCCUUAAAACUACCGUACCCCUACUUGAAGCUAGGAUGAAGCUAUUGAAGGCGGUUAUGAAAAGAAGAUCUGGAAUGUUGAAUGUCAAGAAUCUGUCGAUUCUUGGAGAUGUGAUCUCCCCACCGAACUUGAAACUCUGCGUUCAAAACGUGAAAGUUGGAAAACCUUACGGUCCCUUUCAAGAAGUCUUCCGUGAAAAGGAAAGAAGGACUAUAAGAAUGAUUGUCAAUCUACAUAAGACUCUAACAGCAGACAGCUUCCCAUUGGAAUCUCUCGAAAUUGAUAACAAUUUCUCAUUGGUCUCAAGUGGUGUGGCAAAAACUGUAAUAACAACUCGAGAAGCAAUCGGUAUCCAAAGCACAAAUAUUCACAGAAUUCAUGUCAAAAACUGUAUUAUUGAUUGGUUGACUGUGACGGCUUUAGUGGAGAAUUGGCAGAACUCGAAGCCAGAAAUCGGAAGACAUUAUUCAUUGGAAGUAUCUAACCGGAUUGGCUCAGCGUUUAGAUAUUUCUUAUCUGCUCAAGAUUCUCCAGGAGUACAGAGGAAUUACAAACUUGCUAACGAAAUGUACCAAUAUGGUCUUACCUUUCCGAUCAAUCAAGAAAAAGUGCUCAACGUCUUCAUGGAACAUGUCAAGAAGGAAAAUAGAAUGGAAGAACAUGUGAUGCAUUUCAAAGUUGAUCCAAAAUUGUAA